UCCCCUCGUUUUUGUGCGCCGAUGUUUUCUUGUAGAUCAUGGAGUCGCCGUCGGUGCUCCUGGCCGGCAUGGAAGGGUCGAGCCUGGGCGUGUGGGUGGCCCACGGGGAGGGCCGCGCCCACUUCCCGGACCCUGCCUCGCGAAAGAGCGCCGUGGAUGGCGGCCUGGCUCCUGUCAGGUUCGUUGACGACUCCAACAGCCCUACCGAGGCUUACCCGUUCAACCCCAACGGCUCUCCCGACGGCAUCGCCGGGCUGUGCUCCGAGGACGGUCGUCACCUUGCCGUCAUGCCGCACCCGGAGCGCUGCUUCCUCAAGUGGCAGUGGCCGUACAUGCCGAUUGAGUGGCGCGACACCCUGACCGCUAGCCCGUGGCUCAAGAUGUUCCAGAACGCCCGACAAUGGUGCGACGAGCACCCUCGCCAGGCCUAACUACACCUCUCAGCGGUUUUGCUUCUCGGAGUAGACCAAAAAAACGAUUUUUGAUUUCGAGGUGUACCCAUCGCGUUUUUACGACCGUGCGGGCGGCAAGCGGCGGCGCGGUGGCUUGCUUGGUUGGCGAGCGGACCCCCAGGUCUAGGAGGUCAGGCGAGAUUCUCUCCUGCUUGAUGGCUUCGGGAAGUCUGUCCCUCGCCGCGUUUUGUUGAUUUUGGGUUCAUCGCGUCGCAGUGCAACCAGUUUUGCCGGCGGCGCUUCGCCGCCCAUGUGCGAGGAAAGCUUGAUCCCUCGCAUG